AUGGAUAACGAAAAAAUCGUGGUGGGAUCCGACGGCAAAAAAGUCGCCCAACGAAUACCAGGUUUUGUCGCAGCAGAAGUUUGGUAUAAAAGAAACGCAAUCAAUGAACUGAAAAGCAAUAAGGAGAAUGUUGAUUUGGAGUAUGCAGCUAAGCGCGAUCCAUACGCAAAUUACGAUUCGUCCAUGGUGAGUAAAUCGAGUCAUUCGCUCAAACGAAGAAACAUCAUGUCGAACUUAACAGCCGAUAAAAAGCCAAUCAUUGAUGAGUAUUCAAAAGUUGUAGCUGUCUCGUCUCAAAGAGAGCGGAGCGAUUUAGCGCACUAUUUGGAAGAUGUACCUAAGCUUGAGUUCGACAUUGAAGCUAGUACUGUUACUUCGCCAAUACAAAACUCUCACUCUAAACCUAUGAACCUCAAAACAAAUCAGGAAGCUAGUGGAAUGCCAGAGUCAGAGUUAAUUUGCAAACAAUCCAUGACACAGAGCUCGGUCCUUGCAGCGGCAGAUUACGGAGAGGAAGUCAAACAGAGGAACGGACACAAAGCUGUGUUCGGGUCAUUUUUCCAAAAUAACGAAUGGGGCUAUAAAUGCUGCAAGUCACUGACAUUUAAUUCCAAUUGCAGCGCAACCUGA